AUGGGCUCUCCGGCAUUAGCAUCCGCAGCAGGUGUGGCUAUGCGACGGCCGCCUGCCGGCCGGGCUCUUACCCACUCACAGCGUCAGCUCCGGGCUGUCUCGGCCGCCGCCGCAGCUGCAUCCCGGUCCGCAACACCAACUACUGUGGCGUCCUCCCCUCAUACGUCACAGCAUUUCUACAGCUCUCAAGCACUGCCAAAGACACUCGCCGCCUCUCAUCGCCGUCUGAAGUCCACGUCCACGUUUACUACGUCCACGGCACCCAACGCAGCCACCCUGAAUUCCCUUGCCGAAACAUCACAAACAUCAUCUUUCAUAAGCCCUCGCUACCUCCCCCUUCUACUCCUCUUCGUAAUAGGUGGCGUCGCUUGGGACUCCCAAUGGCUCUUCCCCUCCACGCCCACUUCCACCGACCCGGCCGAGCAGACCAUUCUCGGGUCCGCGCGCAAGUUCAUCCCAUUCGCCGUCGUUGCCCGCGAGCAGGUCUCCCCGACCUCCUUCAUCCUGACCCUCAAAGCACCCGCGAGCAGCCUACCCGGCGUCGCCUCUCUGUGGAACGUCUUUGACCUGUGGUGCGUGGAAGUCAAGCAGCCCCAGAUCCAGGUCGCGAGGGAAUACACGCCCCUCCCUCCGCCGCCCGGGGCCGCGAACGAGGACACGCUGAGGCUGUACGUCCGCGCGGUGCGAGGCGGCGAGGUCUCGACCCGGUUGUCCCCUCACGCUGCCGACGGAGGCGCGGGAGACACCGUCGAGCUCCGCGGCCCUCACGGGGAGUUCGACCUGCGCUCGCGCCUCGGCGGGCGAGGCGACCGCGUCGUGUUCCUCGCAGGCGGCACGGGCAUCGCCAGCGCGCUGCAGGCCGCGCACGCCGUACUCCCCCUCCCCGGCGCGCCGUCCAUGACAAUCUUCUGGGCCGUGCGAAGCCGCGACGAGAUCCAGCAGGGCGGCGGCGACGCGCCGCCGACUGGGACGGCGUCCUGGUGGAGCUGGAAUCCCCUUUCCAACCAUUCGGCGGGCGGCUCCGCCUCCGGCUCCAGCUCUGCCAUCCGGGCCGAGGCGCUGACCCUGGAAACCAUGGGCCCGUCGCCGGUGAGCAGGGAGCUCCUCGCGCUGAAGGAUAAGUUCGGCGACAGGCUAGAUAUUCGCGUCGUGGUAGACCGAGAGGGCACUGCCAGGGCUCGGCAAUCCCUCUGCCCCCCGUUGACGCACGCCGUCGAGGGCUGCAAGUUUCACUCGCAGACCGCGCACGUCGGCAUGGUGGACGGCGCUCCGAACGCCGGGAAGCGGGGCCAGUUCAAGCAUGACGACUGCGCGUGCGCCUCCGGCGCGGCCGCGCCGGGGAAGAACGUGUUCGUGGUCUCCGGGCCCGAGGGCUUCGUCCAGGCUUACGCGGGAGCUAAGCUGUGGCGGGAUGGUGGGCAGCUGCAGGGCCCUGUCGGCGGGAUGUUGGGCGCGUUGCAAAAGAAAAACCCCGGCCUCUUGCAGGACUGGAUCGUCCUCAAGCUGUAAGACGGUUGAUGUCGAAAUAUCUGUACAGUCUUAGAAAGUACCCUCAACCCAUGUACAACCCCAAGAGAGACAGAAGCAUGAUGUCUGAAGAGACUCAAAUUCGAUAGCGCCAUCUAGAUUUGGGCUGUUUGAUCGUCUAUCCAUAUGAUAAGAAAUAGUAGAAGGUACAAGCUUAAUUCUCUCUUCCUAGUGAAGAGGGGACUUCUCUCUACGAGCUAGACCAAACAAAGAAACAGCCUCUGGUAGGCUGUGGAAGGCCGCAGAAUACUCCUGCAGGCAACAACAGCGAUGAAAGAU